AUCAAAAACCAUGUAAGCACGUUCGCUGAAGCAAUAAAGACCACAAAAGAAGCAAGAUCUUUUCUUCUCCAAAAUAUUGUAAGACAACGAGUGGCACACGUAGAUUAGACGAGGGACCAUGGCAGUCAGCUUUGCACUCCUGCUGUUCUUUGUGCUAAAUGGAGCUGAUGGCUCUCUUAUUGUUGGCGGUCGAGAUGCUGCCCCCCACUCUCGCCCCUACAUGGCUUCGUUGCAAGUCCGAGGUCAACAAAAUUGUGGGGGAGCUCUGGUGAGAGAAGACUUUGUGCUCACAGCAGCACAUUGUGCGAUACCUAUGUCAUACUCGGUUGUGCUCGGAGCUGAUUCCCUCUCAGGUAAUGAGCCUACAAAGCAGGAAUUCAGAUCUGUCAAAUCCAUUCCACAUCCCAGCUAUGAUGGACAUUCAAACGACAUAAUGCUCCUGAAGCUCGACCGCAGGGCACAACUGACUAAAGAGGUGCAGCUGAUCUCUCUGAAAACGGACAGGGUGAGAACAGCGAGUCAGUGCAUCACAGCCGGCUGGGGGGAUGUAGGGGACAACAACACCUUACCAAACAGGCUUCAGGAAGUCAACGUAACGAUUCUACCACAACUGACAUGUGGUAGGAGAUGGAGAUUGGUUCCCAUCACAAGAUCAAUGGUUUGUGGUGUUGGGGCGAGGGUCUUUCAAGGCUUCUGCUCGGGGGAUUCAGGCGGUCCUUUGGUGUGUGAUGGAGCUGCAGCAGGCGUCGUCUCCUUCUCUGGCCGGCGAUGCGGAGACCCCAGGUUCCCUGAUGUGUACACACGUGUAUCGUCCUUCAGCGAAUGGAUUACUAGCGUGCUAAACAACAAUUAGGUUAAUCCCAUUGAUAAUGUGUCAGUAUGCUCAACUGUGUUGUAUUAUAGAGACAUGCAAACGUGUGCCUAUUAGAAUAUGACAAAUAAGUUGUUGAGAUGAGGUGAUGAAAGUGUUCAUUUUUAUCCAGUUGCCACAUUUCGUUUAUGUGAUACUGAACACAAUUGAAAGGAAUGGGAAAUAUACAUUAGACAGUUUCAAAAGUAUACUGAACUGAAAUUAGAGAUAGACUUAAAAUGCAAACCCCAUUUAAAUUGUAAUGCACACAUUUUUUUAUUGCUUUGAAAAUGUGUAACAUGUAUUGAGAUGAUCUUAACAUGAUGAAUAAAGUCAUGAAUCACGUUGUCAGCUUUGGAGGAAUAAAAAAUCAAUGGCUCAAA